AUGGACAUCCUGGCUUUUAGACCCAGCAUCUUCCGAAGGCCCGUGAUUCUACUGGAAGUCAUUUUCCUCCUAGUGAUCGGCGGAAUCGCGUACUGGCUGAUCGGAUAUCCUCUGGCCUUCGGUAGCGAGGGGAAUUCUUUCCUCAGCUACAACUUCUGGGCCAACGACAAACUACCUCCAGGCGAGUAUGGCCAUUGGUUCUUCGACUUCGUCCAUGCCACCUCCGCCGCCACCCUCGUCUCUGGCUCCAUGGCGGAAAGAUGCAAUUUCUACGCCUAUCUCAUCUACUCAUUCGUCAUCACAGGUCGGUUAUUUUCCUAG